UUUCAGCUGGGCUGUCUGGAGAACAGAAAAUGCCCCCUAAACAAACCGAAUUAAUGUCGCCGUCGUCUUCUUUGUCGGUGGCUGAUGGUAUGGGUUUCUCCUAUUAGUUGGCAAUGACACAGAGAUAAUUUAGAUCCAGAUCUCAGGCGUUACCCGGGGGAGAAAGCCGUCGCUCAGUUUAUCAAACCCUAGAUCUCUCCUUCAUUUUUAGCUACUUUUCUGCCCCAAUGCGGACCUGAUCCGAAACUCUUGUGGAGAAUGGGGGCGGGGAAGUACACGAAGGGCUGUACUGGUUGGCUGAUCGUUCUUAUCGUCGCUGCUUUGUUGGUCACAGCCAUCGUGGUUGGUCUGAGAAGGAAGGCUCACCAUUCUGAUAUGGGACCGGUUCCCGGGCCGCCGGGAGCUGUAACGCAGAAAUAUGCCGAUGCUCUCUCAGUUGCUCUCCAGUUCUUCCAAGUGCAGAAAUCUGGUAAGCUAGUGAAUAACAAGAUUAGCUGGCGAGGGGAUUCGGCUUUGAAUGACGGGAGUGAGGCUGGGUUGGAUUUAUCGAAAGGAAUGUAUGACGCUGGGGAUCACAUAAAGUUUGGAUUUCCUAUGGCUUUUACUGCGACGGUGCUAUCUUGGGCUAUUCUUGAGUAUGGAGAUCAGAUGAGCUCGGUGAACCAGUUGGACUCUGCUCAAGAUUCUCUCAAGUGGAUCACUGAUUAUUUGAUCAAUGCUCAUCCUUCUGAUAGCGUUUUAUAUAUUCAGGUUGGAGAUCCUGAUCUCGACCACCAAUGCUGGCAGAGGCCUGAAGAAAUGACAGAGAAAAGGCCUCUUUUACAAAUUAACAAGAAAAAUCCUGGAACAGAGGUGGCCGCAGAAACUGCUGCAGCCAUGGCUGCCGCUUCAUUGGUUUUUAAAAGCAUAAAUGCUUCCUACUCUGAUCUUCUUCUUCAACAUGCUCAAAAACUAUUCACUUUUGCUGAUGACCGCAGAGUUUCUUACAUUAUUAGCUUUCCAAAACUUGCGAAGUUUUAUAACUCUACUGGUUAUAAGGAUGAGCUCUUGUGGGCUGCGAGCUGGCUUUAUCACGCCACUGGGGAUCAGUCUUAUUUGAGUUAUGUAACGGUACAAAAUGGAGAGACAUUUGCUGAUUGGGGAAGACCUACGUGGUUUAGUUGGGAUGACAAGCGUUCCGGAACACAGGUUCUUUUAUCAAGAUUAAAUUUAUUUGGGGCCAAGGAAUCCACUAAUGCAGAGAACAAAGGCCUCCAGAUGUACCGAAAAACAUCUGAAGCUAUAAUGUGUGGCCUUUUACCAGAUACCCCAACAUCCACAUCCAGCAGGACAGAUGGGGGGCUCUUGUGGAUCGAUCAAUGGAAUGCACUUCAACACCCAGUUGCUGCUUCAUUCCUCGCUCUGCUUUAUAGUGAUUACAUGCUAACCUCUAGGACGCCUUCCUUUUCUUGCAAUGGGGCCACCUUUUCAUCUUCAGAUCUGCGCAAAUUCGCAAUGGCACAGGCUGAUUAUAUAUUGGGCGAUAAUCCGAUGGCGAUGAGCUAUCUCGUCGGUUACGGCGAUAAAUACCCACAACAAGUACACCAUAGAGGAGCUUCGAUCCCCGCUUCCGCGAACACCGGUUGUAAGGGCUUCCAAUGGCUCAAAUCUCCAAACCCCAAUCCGAAUGUUGCCGUCGGAGCUCUUGUCGGCGGUCCCUUCAAAAACGACUCAUACAUUGACAACAGAAACAACUCCAUGCAAUCCGAGCCCACCACCUACAACAGCGCCGCUCUGGUCGGCUUGCUUUCUGGUCUGGUCACCUCUUCCUCUGUGGUACUUUCUUUCAGCUAAGCUCCUGUUUUUGCUAUCUUUUUUCUGAGAUUGUGUACAGGCCAUGCAUGGUGUAAUAUGUAAGAAUUUGCAUGCAGUUUAGAGAGCAGAAAGAAAGCUAUUUAUUUAUUUGUUUCAAGGUUUAUGAAGCUUGGUAGAUGCCAAGGAUAACUUGGAAUUGAAUU